AUAUAAUACAAGAAACAACAUGAUUGGUUGAUAUUUCAGAAAGUUAAGUGAGAGACGAUAUGAUUGGCUGUAAGCUGUUGAAUAUAUAAUGUAAGAGACAAUAUGAUUGGUUUAUAUUUCAGGCUUCUUUGAAGAUGGGAGAAGGUGAUUGGUCAGACAAGUUCUCCCUUGAUGUAGUGGGAAGUUCAGGAACUGUCCAGAGCAAAAAUAAAACAAGAACUUGGGAGGUUGGUGUUAGUAUACAGUUAACAAACUCUGGUCUUACCAAGGUGGUAACAUUUACACCAUACUACAUGCUGGUUAACACGUCUCCCUACACCUUGUUGUGUAAAGAAAAUAGUGCCGACAGUGAUUGGAUUGAAAUACCAUCAAAAGAGUGUGUUCCAGUUUGGCCGAUGCAGACGGGCAAGGAGAUGACAAUGCAAACAAAGGUCAAGGACACAGAUAUAUGUACAAGUCAUUUCCUGUUCAAUAAACCGCAUUCUACACUACUCAAACUUGAUAAUGAGUAUGGAGGUAUCAACGUGGAAUGUCAGGAGACAGAAUCUUCCGUAGUAACGACCUUGACAAAUUACAAGACUGGCAUGGCAACCGUCCUAAUUAUAAACCAAACUGAUAAGUGCAAUAUUUCAUAUCAACAAAGUGGAUCCGGUAGACCAGUGCAUGUAAUGGGACCGUCUAUGGUAGGCUUGUAUACAUGGGAGGACUCUAUUGGCAAGAGGGAGAUACAUUGGACUUGCGGAGAGAAGAAAGACGUGAAAAAUGAUCUUUCUCAGGAUGGUAUAGGAGAAGUAUUCUUCAAUUCUGACACAAAAGUUUACUGGGUAUCUUUCCUUAACGGCAUGCAGAGAGUUCUUCUGUUCACUCAUGACCUUGCUCUAGCAACCAUUGCUCAAGAGGCUGGGGAGUUAGAGAGGAUAGAGCAGGAGAUCAACUUAAACAUUCAAGGCAUGGGACUAUCAUUGGUUAACAAUUAUAAACAACAAGAGGUGGCUUUCCUUGGAAUAACAAGUUCUGGUAUAAUCUGGGAAGAGAAGAGGAAGAGAUACAAGGCAUUUAACUUGAAGAAUUGUUUGGCUCUGGAGGCAGCAUACCAGAAAUAUGAAACAGAGAAGUUAGGUGGACAUACUCCCCCAGAUAUGUUACGUAUUGACAAGAUGGAGGUAAACUUUAAAGAUAUGAUGAUGUUCAAACCAAAUAAGCGUAUGAUCCGGCGCAGUUUCCAGGACGGUAUCUGGGUACAGUACAAGACGUCCCCACAUCAAGUCCAGUUUCAUGCUAAAAUAAACAGGGUGCAGCUGGAUAACCAGGUGGCAGGAUCAGUGUUCCCUACAGUUAUAUCACCAAUGCCACCUCCAAAAUCUGUUGCUGCUGAAAGUGUUCCAAAACCAUUUACAGAGAUCAGUAUGAUGUUGAGGAAACACGAGCAUAGUAACAUAUCACAAAUGAAAUAUUUUAAGGUGCUAAUACAAGAGAUGCAGGUAAAGGUAGAUCAAGGAUUCCUCAACAAUAUUCUAGAUUUGUUCAGUUCUGACCAGGAGGCUUCUAGAGAUCAAGAGAAACAACUUAUGGAAGAGGAUAUAGAGAGGACAGAGAAAGAUUUGAUCACGACGAUGGGUGUGUCUUUAGCUAGUGAACAAAAAAUGUUUUAUGAUUAUCUUCAUCUUUCACCUAUAAAGGUACAUCUGAGCUUUUCACUACAAGGUGGUGGAGGAGGUGAUGGUAAACCUACACAGUUACAUUCUAACGUGAUCAACGUGUUCUUACAAUCUGUGGGUGUUGUCCUUACAGACGUACAGGAUGUUGUCUUCAAACUUGGUUUCUUUGAGAGACAACAUACAUUCUACAACAAUAAAAUGUUGGUUGGUGAAAUGACCACACAUUAUGCUGGACAGGCAAUAAAACAGAUGUAUGUGUUGGUAUUAGGUCUAGAUGUUCUAGGUAAUCCGUUUGGUCUGUUACGUGGUAUGGCAGAGGGUCUAGAAGAUCUUUUCUAUGAACCUUACCAGGGUGCUAUACAAGGACCUGAGGAAUUUGCUGAAGGUCUUGCUCUAGGAGUGAGAAGCUUGUUUGGACAUGCUGUUGGUGGCGCUGCAGGAGCUGUAUCUAGGAUCACUGGUACCCUAGGUAAAGGUCUGGCAGCUCUAACACUAGAUGACGAGUACCAGAAGAAAAGACGAGAGGCAAUGAACAAAAGACCGGCAAAUGUUGGUGAAGGUUUUGCCCGGGGUGGUAAAGGUCUAGUCAUGGGUGUGUUUGAUGGAGUCACAGGCAUUGUGAGGAAGCCUAUCGAAGGUGCCAAGAAAGAAGGAGUGGAGGGAUUCUUUAAGGGUGUGGGUAAAGGUCUGGUUGGCGUGGUAACCAGACCUACAAGUGGUGUUAUCGACUUUGCUAGUAGCUCUUUUGAAGGAAUUAAGAGGAUAGCAGAAAAUGUUGGUGAAAUUCAUCGUUUACGGCCACCUCGAAGGUUCCACAAAGACAAGGUCAUCCGACCUUACAAUGAAGCAGAGGCUGCGGGAUAUGCAAUACUAUUGGAGACAGAGAAAGGGAAGUUUUACAAGACAGAUGAUUAUGUAGCUCAUGCUGUAGUAACUAAAGAUCAGAAAAAUGUCUUCUUGGUGACAAACAAGAGAGUAAUUUUUGCAAGUCGUGGUGAAAUCUUUGGACAAUGGAAUUGUGAAUUUACGUAUGUUUGGGCAGAGUUGAAAGAGAAGCCUAAAGCAAACAACAAGGGUUUUGAACUUGUCCUGAAGGAGAAAGAGAAGAAGUUUUUAUUCGGAGCGUCAAGUACUAAGAAAGAGAUUCAUAUACAGGAUAAGAAAACUGUGGAAUAUAUAAUUGGAAAGAUAUCAGAAGCUUGGGACAAUGCCAAUUAAAUCAACUUAAUUAAUGAGAGAUUCAGAGUCACACAACUGCUGUUUUAAUUAG